AUGGUUCAUGCUACAGCUAAGAGCCAGAGAGUCGGUGGACCCCACAAGAGGAAAGCAGCCCUGAAAAGGGCUCAGCAAGCCCUGUUCCCAGAGGUACCAGUCUUUCCUCAGCCCCCUGCAUACUCCAGGGCCAUUUUUAAUCCUGACAGGUUUUUAAAAAAUGGCUCUCCAAGCCCUGGACCUGCACCUGGCAACAUAGCAAAAUGUACCAAGAAGGUCAGAAUUGUUGGUAAAUAUGGAACAUAUUAUGGUGCAUUUCUCAGGAAAAUGGUGAAGAAAAUUGAAAUUAGCCAGCACACCAAGUAUACCUGUUCCUUCUGUGGCAAGACCAAAAUGAAGAGAUGUGCUAUGGGUAUCUGGCAUUGUGGAUCAUGUAUGAAAACAGUAGCGGGUGGUGCAUGGACCUAUAAUACCAUCUCUGCAGUCACAGUCAAAUCUGCCAUCAGAAGACUGAAGGAAUUGAAAGACCAGGAAAAGCUUUUACUUAACAAAUUUCUGUAGCCCAAAAGUUCAUCAAUAAAUUGGUUAAUUUAUGUAAUAAAAAAAUUCCAGUUGAGAGUGCCUUCUCCUCUGAGAUUAUGUCCCCUCUCUUCUGUAUUUUUCUUGUAUGCAUCUAGUUAUUUUACGUUUUUUUCUUUCAUUAGGAUAUAAACUUCUACCAGAAACUUUUUUUUGCUUUUUUGUGCUUAAUAAAUGUUUUUUUUUUAAUUUUAAAAGAAAAGGUGGUUGACAAGGAGGUUAUGAAGGUGAGUUGAGAAGAAGAAAUGAAUUAAAGAAGUAUUGAGGGCGCAAU